AUGUCCCCCAGCAGCUAUCCUUGUUCUCCAGCAGCUAUCCUUGUUCCCCAGCACCUAUCCUUGUUCUCCAGCAGCUAUUCAUGUCCCCCAGCACCUAUCCUUGUUCUCCAGCAGCUAUCCUUGUCCCCAAGCACCUAUCCUUGUUCUCCAGCAGCUAUCCUUGUCCCCAAGCACCUAUCCUUGUUCUCCAGCAGCUAUCCUUGUCCCCCAGCACCUAUCCUUGUUCCCCAUCAGCUAUCCAUGUCCCCCAGCACCUAUCCUUGUUCUCCAGAAGCUAUCCAUGUCCCCCAGCACCUAUCCUUGUUCCCAGUCAGCUAUCCAUGUCCCCCAGCAGCUAUCCUUGUUCUCCAGCAGCUAUCCUUGUCCCCCAGCACCUAUCCUUGUUCUCCAGCAGCUAUCCUUGUCCCCCAGCACCUAUCCAUGUCCCCCAGCACCUAUCCUUUUUCUCCAGCAGCUAUCCAUGUCCCCCAGCACCUAUCCUUGUUCCCAGUCAGCUAUCCAUGUCCCCCAGCAGCUAUCCUUGUUCUCCAGCAGCUAUCCUUGUUCCCCAGCACCUAUCCUUGUUCUCCAGCAGCUAUUCAUGUCCCCCAGCACCUAUCCUUGUUCUCCAGCAGCUAUCCAUGCCCCCAGCAGCUAUCCUUGUUCCCCAUCAGCUAUCCAUGUCCCCCAGCACCUAUCCUUGUUCUCCAGAAGCUAUCCAUGUCCCCCAGCACCUGUCCUUGUUCUCCAGCAGCUAUCCAUGUCCCCCAGCACCUAUCCUUGUUCCCAGUCAGCUAUCCAUGUCCCCAGCAGCUAUCCUUGUUCUCCAUCAGCUAUCCAUGUCCCCCAGCACCUAUCCUUGUUCUCCAGAAGCUAUCCAUGUCCCCCAGCACCUAUCCUUGUUCUCCAGCAGCUAUCCAUGUCCCCCAGCACCUAUCCUUGUUCCCAGUCAGCUAUCCAUGUCCCCAGCAGCUAUCCUUGUUCUCCAUCAGCUAUCCAUGUCCCCCAGCACCUAUCCUUGUUCUCCAGAAGCUAUCCAUGUCCCCCAGCACCUAUCCUUGUUCUCCAGCAGCUAUCCUUGUCCCCAAGCACCUAUCCUUGUUCUCCAGCAGCUAUCCUUGUCCCCCAGCACCUAUCCUUGUUCCCCAUCAGCUAUCCAUGUCCCCAGCACCUAUCCUUGUUCUCCAGCUAUCCAUGUCCCCAGCACCUAUCCUUGUUCCCAGUCAGCUAUCCAUGUCCCCAGCAGCUAUCCUUGUUCUCCAGCAGCUAUCCUUGUCCCCAGCACCUAUCCUUGUUCUCCAGCAGCUAUCCUUGUCCCCAGCACCUAUCCAUGUCCCCAGCACCUAUCCUUUUUCUCCAGCAGCUAUCCAUGUCCCCCAGCACCUAUCCUUGUUCCCCAUCAGCUAUCCAUGUCCCCCAGCACCUAUCCUUGUUCUCCAGCAGCUAUCCAUGUCCCCCAGCACCUAUCCUUGUUCUCCAGCAGCUAUCCAUGUCCCCCAGCAGCUAUCCUUGUUCUCCAGCAGCUAUCCUUGUCCCCCAGCACCUAUCCUUGUUCUCCAGCAGCUAUCCUUGUCCCCCAGCAGCUAUCCAUGUUCUCCAGCAGUCAUACACGUUCCCCACCAGCUAUCGAUGUUCUCAGCAGCUAUCCAUGUCACCAGAAGCUAUCCACGUUCACCAUCAGCUAUCCAUGUCCCUCAGCAGCUAUCGAUGUUCCCCAACAGCUAUCCUUGUUCCUCCGCAGCUAUCCAUGUUCCCUUGCAGCUAUAUUUCGAUGUCUUCACCAGCUAUCCAUGUCCCCCAGCAGCUAUCCUUGUUCCCCAUCAGCUAUCCAUGUCCCCCAGCAGCUAUCCUUGUUCUUCAUCAGCUAUCCAUGUCCCCCAGCAGCUAUCCUUGUUCCCCAUCAGCUAUCCAUGUCCCCCAGCACCUAUCCUUGUUCUCCAGCAGCUAUCCAUAUCCCCCAGCACCUAUCCUUGUUCCCCAUCAGCUAUCCAUUUCCCCCAGCACCUAUCCUUUUUCUCCAGCAGCUAUCCAUGUCCCCCAGCACCUAUCCUUGUUCCCCAUCAGCUAUCCAUGUCCCCUAGCACCUAUCCUUUUUCUCCAGCAGCUAUCCAUGUCCCCCAGCACCUAUCCUUGUUCCCCAUCAGCUAUCCUUGUCCCCAAGCACCUAUCCUUGUUCUCCAGCAGCUAUCCAUGUCCCCCAGCAGCUAUCCUUGUUCCCCAUCAGCUAUCCAUGUCCCUCAGCACCUAUCCUCUUUCCCCAUCAGCUAUCCAUGUCCCUCAGCACCUAUCCUUGUUCCCCAGAAGCUAUCCUUGUUCCCCAUCAGCUCUCCAUGUCCCCCAUCAGCUAUCCUUGUUCCCCAGCAGCUAUCCUUGUUCCCCAUCAGCUAUCCUUGUUCCCCAUCAGCUAUCCUUGUUCCCCAGCAGCUAUCCUUGUUCCCCAUCAGCUAUCCUUGUUCCCCAUCAGCUAUCCAUGUUCCCCAGCAGCUAUCCUUGUUCCCCAGCAGCUAUCCUUGUUCCCCAUCAGCUAUCCUUGUUCCCCAUCAGCUAUCCUUGUUCCCUAUCAGCUAUCCUUGUUCCCCAGCAGCUAUCCUUGUUCCCCAGCAGCUACCCAUGUCCCCCAGCAGCUAUCCUUGUUCCCCAGCAGCUAUCCUUGUUCGCUAUUAG